GAAGUUCUUCAGGGAGUUUGAACAUUUGGGAGUUUUUCCUUCUCUCAGCAUAAGCAAUGAGGAACCUUUAUAAAUAGCUAUCAAAAAAGUGAAUACACCAAGUUCUAUGGACAUCGGGCACCAUCUCUGGAUCAUCUGUUCCUCAAGCUCACCUUUUCCAAGUACAAUAUUGGCCUAGUAGCUCCCAACCUUUCCACUAGAGGGCGGCAUAGCCUGGAACUGCUUCCUCCCAAGAUGGCGAAUCUUACCGACAACUUCUCCUGCUACGACCCAUCCAUUGUCACCUACCGUUAUGUGUCAGUGAGUUGGGGCAUUGUGGUGACAAUUGUGGGAACGAUAGGAAACGUGCUGACCCUGCUGGCUUAUGCAGGUGACACCAAGCUGCAGACCCGCUUCAAUGUGCUCAUCGUCAACCUGACCUUGGCAGACAUUCUGUACUGCACCUUCCUCCAGCCCUUCUCUGUUGACUCCUAUCUUCAUCUCUACUGGCGGGCGGGGGCUGACUUUUGCCGGGUCUUUGGGAUGCUGCUCUUUGUCUCCAACUCAGUUUCCAUCUUGACGCUCUGCCUCAUUGCCGUAAGUCGCUACCUGCUCAUUGCCAACACAGCACUCUUUGACCGCAUCUUCUCCCGCCUUGGGGUAAUUAUCAUUGUCCUGGCCUCCUGGGUUGUUGGCAUUGCCAGUUUCGCGCCCCUGUGGCCCGUUUACGUAUUAGUGCCCAAGGUCUGUACUUGCAGUUUCCAUCGCAUCCGUGGACGGCCCUAUACCACCAUCCUCAUGGGGUUCUACUUUGUGGUUGGCCUCAGCUGUGUCGGGAUCUUCUACUUCCUCAUCCAUCGCAAAGUCAAGAGCGCCGCCCAUGCCCUGGAUCAAUACAAACUGAAGAAGUCUAGCCUGAAGGGAGUUCAUGUGGCUGGGACCAGCUCAGCUACACCGGGACAAUACCAUGAGCUGGACAGUGGAGUGGACAGCCCAGGUGCUUCCCAGAAUUCCUGUGAAGCUCUAUCUUCUGAGCCCACUUCCAAGACCCAUCUCCCAUCAGCUUCUCAGAGCAGCGAAACUCCUGUGCCUCAGCCCGUGGCCCCACCUAAGAAAGCCGCCCUGUGUCAGCCCAAGGAUAGCAACUCAGACUUCCGUCGGGUGACCCGCAUGUGCUUUGUGGUCUUCCUUUUCUUUGUCCUCUGCUACAUCCCUUUCCUGCUGGUCAACAUCUUUGAUGCCAAAAACAGGGCUCCAACCGUCUUGCACAUGAUCGCCGCCAACCUCACUUGGCUCAACAGCUGCAUCAACCCAGUGCUUUAUGCUGCCAUGAACCGCCAGUUCCGUGAGGCCUACAAAGGUGUGGUCUACAACUUUGCACAGAGAUUCCACUGGUGCCGCUGACUGGGAGCCUAGCCACUCUCUGUCCCCAGUGAAUGGAUGCAUUUUUCCCCCUGACCCCGACUUGCUUUCAGGGCUGGGAUGUCACCAGAAAGCAAAGCUGUCUAGGUUUCCACACUGGACUAGUUUCACUAUAUUUAACUCAAGCCUUCACAUGGGAAUUCAGUUAUUUUGCUACUGUAUAUUACUGUAAAUUGUAUUCUAUAUUCUGUUGUGGUUUGUGUGGGUAAUACAGAAAUCAGAUUGAAUUGAUUGACCGGGCCUUGCCUUUGGCACUUUUCUGACGCUGGGGGAAAAUCUCCCUUUUGGAUUUGUAGCCAAUCACAGAAGAAUUGUUUGGCCUUGCCAAGCUCCAGAUAUGAGAGCAAAAGUUGCACUUCCACAAAGCCUCUUGUGGACAGUCAUCCAUUUUUAAUAGGCGUGGACACUAAGAUGCUACAGCACCUGGUCUGCACUUUGCUGCUUUUUUUUAACUGAACGGUUUUGUAAAUAAUUUAUACUGAUCACUUCUCUGUUGACCAGCAUUCACCUCUCUUGCUGUUCUGACCAUUCCCCUUUUUCACAGCAGCCACACAUUAGGUCAACAUGAGGUCCCACCAUGACCUCCAAAGUCUCUUUUCUGGCCAGUGGUCAGUCACACUGCUAGUUCAGAUCCCAUGAGCAUAUAUGUGAAAUUAGGGGGGGGAAAUUUGCCCCCAUCUGCAUCAUUUUACACUUGCUUACAUUGAACCUCAUUUGCCAUUGUAGUGCCCAUUUCUCCAGUUUGGAGAUGAUGGGGGGCAUUUGCAGCAGAGAAUUAACAGGGAGAAUGGUGUGCUGGACCUUUCCUCAUCCUGCUGAUAGUCCACUGCACCACAUGUCCCCUUUGGCUACCUCAUGCACUCUCUAUUUUAAAAAAAGAUGUGACAACCAGAACCUUACAUGGUAUCUAUCAAGAGUGAAGAGGAGGGUCUUAUUAGAAUCCCUUCUUCUCUGAAACUAUGAAAUGCUCACUUCCCCUCAUUUUCCUCUUGUGCUUUUCAAGUGGCCCGCACAGUGGACAUCAUUAUUUAAAUCUGAUGUCCUCCAUUUUGAAACCCAAUCUCUUUGAUUAAACAAUAUAGUCAUUGAUAGUCUAUUUAGAAAAGAUGUCACUAUUGGAUGAUGUUCUUUGCAUACUUGUGGUUUUGUUGGUUCCUGUUGUUAUUGU